AUGGAGAGAGACCGCCGGCGCCGAAGACCAGCCUUUUCAUGUCUGGAGUGUAGACGGCGCAAGAUUAAGUGCGAUCGCAAUGAGCCGUGUGCACAUUGUGUCGCGGCGAAGCUUCAAUGUGCUUACAAGAUCUACAAUGAUGAACCCACCGUCCGUCACGUGCUGCAACGCAAGAUCUCUGAUGAUGGGUCUGGUGUCCGGCAAGGAAUACAACAAGGCAACUUCUCUGGAGGGUCAACAUCAAGUCCAUCUACCGCACAUUCGCCGUUCAUUCAAACUCUUCCCAUGAGCACAUCCAGAUCAGUUGCAGACUAUAAUCAUCAAGGACUCUGGCCUAAAAUCCCCACAGCAGCAAGAGAACGGCAUGACCAUCAAAAAAUGUUUGUUAGCGGCAGUAUACCACCACUAGAUCGUGCCCAAGAUACAGAACCGAACCUGCGGGAUAUGUUACGACGUAUACGGAAUUUAGAGGAAUCUUCGGCAUCAAAUCCAAUGCACGGGCUGAUCGAAACUGGCCGUCACAUACUAGAGAGCCAUUCCGGUCUGCAGGACUCGCAGAUCUUUCUGAAUAAAACGAGGAUAUUUAGAUGGAGUCACUGGCUAGGGACCGCACCAGAGUUCGCAACCAUCGGUGACUGCUAUACUGAAUAUACCGAGAUGAUGACGAGAGGGUCCUCCUCUGACGCAACACAAUCCACCGGGGCAGUGAUUAGGGAUGUCAUCUCUGAUGCAACAGAUUUGGAAACUCUACUUAGCCAGAUCGGCAGUCUCCUUCGGAAAUGCAAGAGCAUCGCAAAGAUGAUCAAGGUAGGACGGCCUAGCAGAUCUCUCUCACGACCCGGGUUCGGACUCGGAACCCCCUCGCGCGACGUUGCAGACAUGAUGGUGGCUCUGUAUUUCCGAUUCUUUGAAUCAUCGCUCAGAAUUCUCCAUGUACCAACUUUUUGGGCCGAGUACCAGAACUAUUGGGACCACUCAGAAACUGUUUCAAGUGACACACGCCUAAAGAUCCUCCUUGUCAUCGCCAUAGGGUCGAGUCUGUCCGACCAUACCGACAGGGAUGCCGCGUUUCGCAACAUGGUCCAUCUAUGGAUCUACGCAGCCCAGACAUGGCUUUCCGGGCCGUUGGAAAAAGAUCGUCUCAAUAUCAACGGCCUUCAAAUUCAUUGUUUGACCAUUCUAGCACGACUGAUCUUCUCAAUCGGCGGUGACAUGAUCUGGAUGUCAAUGGGAUCACUCAUUCAUCGAGCCAUGCAGAUAGGCUUACAUCGUGAUCCGAAACAUCUUCCAUCAAUGUCCGUGUUGCAAGCAGAGCUUCGAAGGAGAUUAUGGGCCACCAUACUCGAGAUGCUCGUGCAGUCCUCACUGGACUCAGCUAUGCCACCGAGAAUGUCCUACGACGAAUUUGAUACCGAGGCUCCUGCCAAUAUCAAUGAUGAGGACAUGGACGAGUCAACAACAGUUCUUCGACCUUAUGCGAAAAGCGUCUUCACCUCGACCUCGAUGCAGCUGAUGCUCCUCGAAUCCCUACCGACGCGAUUGCGAAUCCUUCAGCUCAUGAACGGCUUGCACUUCAGGCUCUCCUACCUGGACGUCCUUUCCUUGAGCACAGAAAUCAACGACGCAUGCCGCGCAUACAACACCUUCGUGAAAGAGAAUGAACACCCCGGCGUAACUCCGUUUCACCGAAAUCUGCUGGACUUCUUCAUCCGCCGUUUCACAAUUCUCUUGCACUGUCCAUUUGCCAGCAAAGCCCGCCAGAAUCCACUCUUCUACUAUUCCCUCAAAGUCAGCCUUGACGCCGCCAUGUCCAUUCUCUCACCUGAGCCGGAUGACGCUUUCGCACACCUCACGAGGAUCGGUGGAGGUGGAUUGUUCAGGGAGGGAUUCAGGUUGGCAUGCACUGUCAUCAAUCUUGAACUUCUGGCCGAGGUGGACGCCCAGCGCACCGACGGGACGAUGCACCGCCAUUCGCAGCACAGAGAGCUCCUGAAGCAAUAUGUGAGAGACGCCAUUUCAUUGUCUGCGGAGCGAAUUCGACAUGGCGAAACUAACGUCAAGAGCCAUAUGCUCCUAAGCAUGGUACUAGGACAGGUUGCAGCGACGGAAUCAGGGAAGACGCUGUUGAAAUUGGAGAUUGCAAAAAAUGCGCGGGAUAGUCUUAUCUUCUGUCAUGAGAUAUUACAAAGCCUGCCAGUCCCCGUGAAUGCUGAUUUGGCGUCGACCACUCUGGGUGAUGGACCAGGAGAGUAUGGCAUGGACCUUGAUCUGGAUUUCCUCUUCCCCGAUGCUGGCUUUUCUUGA